GGUUGUCUUAAAUCUAGCUGUAUAUAUUAAAGUCUUUAAACCCAUUGUAGUUGAUUUUCAUGAAGAUGACUGGAGUCCCUUUGAUUGAACACCCUGCCCUCCUAAAUGGUGGAGUACCAAAAAUAGAAAACAUUAACAUAUAAAACAGACAUACAAAAUACUCAGUUUAGACCAACAUAAGUUAGAUCACAUUAUUAAUCUGUAUGUCUGAAUACAACAAAACACACAUACAGUAUAGUCUUAUUUUGCAAACAGGUGGGGUCAAUUAGCCAUUUUCUUCAGUUCAGUACAAAGUUAUUUACAAGACAUCUUCGCAAUGCUCAUAGUGACAUACAAUUCAUAAAAGGUCCUUAGCUGAUGCAAGCAAAUGGAAGGAUUACUCAGUUGGAGGAAUUUCUUGUUGCUGUAUGAAAUCUGAUUUGGGAUCAUUUAAUUACUUACAUAAAUAUUUCUUUCUGUUUCCAGGUCCACAUGUCUAUAUAUCAGUGAAUGGUGAUGAGAUGGUCUUCCAUUGUGACACGUGUACGGACACAUUCUCAAAUAAGUUCCAUUUUUCAAAACACAUGAAAGGUCAUCAUGGUGAUAAACCUUACCGUUGUAAUCAAUGUGAACAAAGGUUUAAAGCAUUAUAUAACUGGAGCCAGCAUAUGAUGCGGCACAUGGGAGGAAAUCACUAUGAUUGUAAAACAUGCGGGAAAAGAUUAUGUACUAAUGGUGCAUUAGCUCAACAUGAAGAACUUAUACACUCAGGUGUCAAAAAGUUCAUAUGUCAGCUCUGUGGCAAAAAGUUUGGAAGACGCAAUGACCUGACAUUGCAUGAAAGCCGCCAUAGUAACACAAAGUCACACAAAUGUUCUAUCUGUGGAAGGGGAUUCCAACAUAAGUCAUUGAUAACCCAACACAUGUGGAACACCCAUAAACAUUUGUUUAUGUGUCAAUCAUGUGGUGCUACAUUUUCUCGGAAAGAACAUCUUAAAGCUCAUGCGAGAAUUCAUACUGGCGAGAAGCCAUAUAAAUGCAAAGUUUGUGGAAAGGGAUUUGCACAGAUUGCAUCUGUUCAAUAUCACAAUAAAAAUACUUGUAAGAAUGUGCAUUAGAUACACAAAGGAACUAUUGUUACAUGACAAAAAUAAGGACACAAUAGUCGUACAUAUUAGCCUAUAUGUAACGAGUCUUCUUAACUAACAAUGCAAAUUGGUUCUAGAUAAUAGUGCAGAAGUAUUUAGUAUUAAUAGUUCAUAUUCUUCACUUAUUUAAAAACCCAUGUAAAUCAUUCCUCAAAAUAAAAAUAUAAAAAUAAAGUGUGUGUUUUUCUUAUUUUGUUACCAUAUUGAUUAAUGAUUAAGGAUUGAAAGUGUAUGUUGAGUCUAGAGUGUUGGGAUGGUAUAUGAUUGUUGUAUUUCACAGUGCUCAUAAUGAUAAAUCAUUCUUAAAGGCCCUGUAUAUAGUUGGAAAAUAUAGUUUAAUCAUUCAAAUAUUACUUUUCAUGACUUGAAAAA